AUGAGUCAAUUAAAUUUACCAGCAUUGGAGAGAGCUGCCUCUGAAUCAAGAGGUUUAUCUAUGGAUGCCGUCGCCAAGGCUGCUUCUGGUCAUCUCGGUCUGCCUUUGGGUGCUACCGAAAUUGGUGCUGUUCUCUUUGGACAAGCUCUCAACUACAAUCCAGAUGAUACUCAUUGGUUGAAUAGAGAUAUUUUCGUUUUAUCGGCUGGUCAUGGAUCUAUGUUUUUAUACAGUUGGUUGCAUUUGGCUGGUUACGAUAUCUCGCUUGAGGAUGUCAAGAAUUUCAGACAGUUAAACUCAAAGACUCCAGGUCAUCCAGAGUUCCACGAUACUCCGGGUGUUGAGGCUACCACCGGUCCAUUGGGUCAAGGUAUUGGUAAUGCCGUUGGUUAUGCCUCGUCUGCCAAGAUGGCCGCCGCUAGAUUCAACACUGAGCAACACAAGAUUUUCGAUAACCACGUUGUUGUACUUGCUGGUGACGGUUGUCUCCAAGAAGGUAUUGCCCAAGAGGCACUCUCGUUUGCUGGUCAUCACCGUCUUGACAACUUGAUCCUCUUCUACGACUCUAACGAUGUCACCUUGGAUGCCAUGGCCAUCGAAACACAAUCGGAAGAUGCCGUCAAGAGAUUCGAGUCACUCGGUUUCGAUGCUCAGGUAGUGGUCAACGGUAACUCGAUCACAGAUCUCUACCAAGCAUUCUUGAACGCCAAGAACUCCAAGACCAACAAACCACAAGCAAUCAUAUGUAAGACUUUGAUUGCCAAGUCAAUCCCAGAGGUUGCCGGUACCAACAAGGGUCACGGUGAGGCUGGUGUCAAGUUUGUCGAUGCCGCCAGAAAGGCACUCGGUUUGCCAGAGGAGAAGUUCUUUGUCUCGCAAGAGACUCGUCACUACUUUGCCGAUCACAAGAAGACUCUAUUGGAGAAGUACAAUCAAUGGACUCAGACCUACGCUCAAUGGAAGUCUGCCAACCCACAAUUGGCUCAAUUGUUAGAGUCAAGAAAUGUUGAGCACAACCCAAGCGAAGUAUUCGCCAAGAUUCCAGAGUUCAAUCCAAAGGAAUCGAUUGCCACCCGUAAGGCCGGUAGCGAAGUUCUUCAGCCAAUCGCCCAAGCUCUCCCAUUGGUUGUUUCGGGUAGUGCUGAUCUCCACGGUUCCACCUUGAACUACAUCAAGGAAGGACGUGACUUUACACCAAGCUGUCCAGGUGGUCGUAACAUCAAGUUUGGUAUUCGUGAACACGCUAUGGGUGCCAUGUUGAAUGGUUUCGCCUACCACGGAAUCUUCAGAGCAUCCGGUGCCACUUUCUUGGUGUUCUCUGACUAUUGUCGUCCAUCGAUUCGUUUGGCAGCUCUCUCACAUCUUCCGGUGACCUACAUCUUCACUCACGACUCUAUCGGUGUCGGUGAAGACGGUCCAACUCAUCAACCUGUAGAGACUGUCAGUGGUCUCCGUAUGAUUCCAAAUCUCGACGUCAUUCGUCCAGCCGAUCCAGAGGAAACCGCCGGUGCCUUUGCCUCUGCUUUCACCAGAAUGUCAGGUCCAACCUUAUUGGCAUUGACCCGUCAAAACCUUCCAAACUUGACCAUGGUCGAUGUCAAAGUUCGUCGUGAGGGUGUUUUGAAGGGUGCAUACAUUUUGAUCAAAGAAACCGGUGCACUCAAGCAAAUUCUCAUUGCUACCGGUUCCGAAGUUCAACACGCCGUCGAAGCUGCCAAGCAACUCGGUGACGGUGUCCGUGUCGUCUCGAUGCCAUGCACUGAGAUUUUCGAUCGUCAAUCAAGCGAAUACAAAGAACAAGUUUUACCAUCAUCAUGCAGAAACAGAGUUGCUAUUGAAGCUGGUGUCACCUCUUUCUGGUGGAAGUACGUCGGUCUUGACGGUAAGGUAAUUGGUAUCGACAGAUUCGGAGGUAAUGAUUUAAUACUAAUAUUAUUCUUUAUUAAAUUGAUCGAUCAAUUCAUUUAG